UAAUUACAGCAAAGAACGGACGGAUUAUCCAUUUGGGUCAGUCAGUCAGUCUCUCUCUAUCCUAGUGGAAACCAGACAUGUGGAAGGAUCUGGGUUGUUUAUGAUCGGUUCGAAUCUUGUAAAGGUGUAGUAAAGAGAGUAAAUUAUGGCAGGAGGUGGAGGAGCUCCAUCGAAGCCUGAAGAACCAGCGCCUCAUCCACCCAAAGAUCAACUUCCUAAUGUUUCUUACUGCAUUACCAGUCCUCCUCCAUGGCCCGAGGCAAUCCUUCUUGGAUUUCAACAUUACUUAGUGAUGCUGGGGACAACGGUUAUUAUUCCGACUGCUCUUGUUCCUCAAAUGGGAGGAGGAAAUGAGGAAAAGGCUAAGGUUAUCCAGACUCUACUGUUUGUAUCUGGAAUAAACACUUUGUUACAAACAACAUUUGGUACUAGACUGCCUGCUGUAAUUGGGGGAUCGUAUACGUUUGUUGCAGCUACGAUUUCGAUCAUUCUGUCUGGUCGAUUCGAUGAUCCAGAUCCCAGAGAGAGAUUCAUGAGGAUAAUGCAGGCUACCCAAGGUGCUCUGAUUGUUGCUUCAGUUCUUCAGAUAGUUGUCGGUUUCAGUGGUUUAUGGAGAAUCGUUGCAAGGUUUCUAAGUCCGCUUUCGAUUGCUCCUUUGGUUGCUCUUGCGGGUUUUGGACUUUUCGAAUUUGGCUUUCCUACGGUAGCCAAAUGUAUCGAAAUUGGGCUUCCACUUAUUAUUCUUAUGGUUUUCUUCUCACAGUAUUUACCUCAUAUUAUUCACAAAGGAAAAGAUGUCUUUGGCCGUUUUGCAGUGAUAUUCACUGUGGUAAUUGUGUGGCUCUAUGCUUACAUACUUACCAUCGGUGGGGCUUAUAAUGGUAAACCUCAGAAAACACAGAUAAGCUGUCGCACUGAUCGUUCUGGUCUUAUUGGUGCUGCUCCUUGGAUAAAAUUUCCUUACCCGUUUCAAUGGGGUACACCUUCAUUUGAGGCGGGUGAAGCGUUUGCUAUGAUGGUCACUUCGUUUGUUGCCCUAGUUGAGUCCACAGGUGCGUUUUAUGCUGUAGCAAGAUAUGCUAGUGCAACUCCUUUACCGCCCUCUAUUCUUAGCCGAGGAGUUGGUUGGCAGGGGAUUGCAAUUUUGCUAUCUGGAUGUUUUGGAACCAUCACCGGUGCUUCUGUGUCUGUUGAGAACGCUGGCCUUUUGGCUUUGACACGAGUUGGCAGUAGAAGGGUGGUUCAAAUAUCGGCUGUCUUCAUGAUUUUCUUUUCAAUUCUGGGGAAAUUUGGAGCGAUAUUUGCCUCUAUUCCUGCUCCAAUUGUGGCUGCGUUAUACUGUAUAUUAUUCGCUUACGUGGGUUCGGUUGGGUUAUCAUUCCUUCAGUUCUGCAAUCUGAACAGCUUCCGAACGAAAUUCAUAUUGGGCUUCUCUAUCUUCUUGGGCCUGUCGAUCCCUCAAUAUUUCAACGAAUACACUGCAAUUAAGGGACGUGGUCCAGUCCACACCGAAGGAAGAUGGUUCAAUGACAUGAUCAAUGUUCCUUUUUCGUCGGAAGCAUUUGUUGCGGGUAUAUUGGCAUUUUUCUUAGACAACACUAUCCACAAGAAAGAUAGUAUAAGGAAAGACAGGGGCAAGCAUUGGUGGGAUAAGUUUCGUUCGUUUAAGACUGAUCCAAGAAGCGACGAAUUCUACUCUCUUCCUUUCAAUCUCAACAAAUAUUUUCCAUCCGUUUAAUCUUGUAACACUCGAUCUUCCUCUUCUUCAAAAGUUGUGGAGUUCUUUAUGACUUUCAUCUAAUGUAUUAUAUUAUUAUGUUCUAAACCAGACAUCUUGAAUGAUGAUUUAGUUUGUUUUGCUUAGAAAAAUGAAUACUUUUAAGACUUAUAAAUAAUAGUUAACCUACUUCUUGUUUUAUA